AAUAGAUCCUUGUUUUAUCUGGGCGUGAGAAAACGGUAAUGAUGAUAUGGAGGUAAACACGAUCUACCUGUGAAAGAGACAUUAGCUGAAGACACAGUUUGCUUUCAGGAGGCUUCUCUCCGAGAACUGACAUCCCUUGUAAACACGGAGUAAUAUCUUUACUGGAUUGAUGAAUAUACCAAGCAGUUAAAUGGCAGAGGACUAAGAAAAGGAGUAAAACCAUCUUCAAAUAUCAGCAAAAUAUAUUUUUCAGGGGCUGUGGCACAAAUUUGUUGGACCCAGUGUGGCGCAAGCUGCCAUAACGAUGGAUCUUCCAUUAGGAUUUAGAAGGAAAAGAGUUUCAAUCUUGGAAGCUUCUGCUGCUAUUAUUUUAAUUUUGGCAUGUCUUCCCAACCCGGCUUCGACGCAAUCGGCACCAACCAAUGCGGUUUACCAGGUUAACCAGAAUUCCUUCACUGUAUCAUGGUCACCGCCAUCAAACCCGCCAUCCCAGCCGACUGGUUAUCUAGUACAAUAUAGAGUAGGUGGAGUGGAUGGAGGAGAUUUUACAGCAAGUGACGUAACAACCAUUACAUUCCAAGGCACUGCUCCUGAUGCUAACAGCGUCUUGGUUGCUACUUUGUUUACUGGUUUUAAGGAGCUUGGUGCUGAGGACAUCGCUUCAGCUGUUGAGAUUCAGCCAAGUACAGACUCGUCAUACUAUCAGAUUCACUUGUUGAACUACAUCACUUUAUCCUGGUCAACCCCACAAAACCCGACAGGAGUAUUUGGGUAUCUGGUGGGAUAUUCGGUAGGCGGAGUGGCCAAUGGCGAGACCAUCUUGGACAAUACAGUGACAAUGAUGACAUUUCAAGACAACAACUUACAGGGUAGAAGUGAUAUUGAUCCGAAUAGUGCAUUCGUUGCCCAUUUGGAUUUUAAUCAAGCUGAAAUUCCAAACACUCGGUCUGUGGCGUCUCUACCCCCUCAGAAUGUGAUACCCUCUCCUCCUGUGUCUGCUACCAUACAACGGACAUCCGACACAAGUUAUACUAUAUCCUGGUCUAGCCCGGGGAACGUCGAUGGAUAUGUCAUCUCAUACGCCGAUGGUGCAGUAGUCAAUUCUAUAGAGCUACCUGCAGAUAGGACAUCCGAACAGGUCCAGAAUCUUCAACCCAAUACGGAUUACACAUUUAACUUGUACAGUCAACGGAAUGGUAUCAGAGCUCAAGCUAGUCUCACUGCACUUCUCCCUGUGGAAAUACCAACAGACAACACUAUUUUCACCAUCGACGACCGUGGUGAGGAUUUCAUCAACAUUGUCUGGGACCAUGACCCUACACAAGGCAUUAUAUCAUAUCACCCGACUCUACUUCGAAAUGAUGGUAUCACCCUAGUACAAGAUGGAGGACUUAUUGGUGCCCCAGCAGGAGCUGCACCUCUUACACAUCGAUUCACUGGACUGGACCCGGGAACACAGUACACCGUUGAUAUUAACAUUGUGGCGAGUGCAAAUCCAACUACUGAAAUUGACUUUGCAAGCGAUUUGGCGUUUACACGUAAGCACAAUUCUUUCUGA